AUGCAUUCCGUUAUGUCCGGCCUUUCAGACCUUCAAAUUCACCAGAUGUUGGCUAUCAUGCAUGACAAACCAGUGCCUGAAAAGAAAUCCCAGGUCAAUGCCCCUGCCACCAAUAAAGGUUUGUCAAAAUUAAAAUUUCAACGAUGGAUUAUCGACAGUGGCGCGACUGACCACAUUGUUUCUUCUCCAAAAUUGUUAGUUCAUCGUAAUAUUGAUCAUUCUAUGCAACUGGUUCGUAUGCCUAGUGGGGAGAAGGCUUCAAUUACUACAACAUGA